CUCAGCUUCCUGCUCCGCCAUCAGAGCGUUCUGCCACGGGGGCCUUGAGUACUUCCUGAGAGCCCAGGAGUGUGAGGCCCUUAGCAGCUAACACCUUGGAUGACAACCAACACCUUAGGUCUUCAGGUUUCCCACACUGCAGCCACUGUGGCCAGAUCAGGUGUCUGCUGAUCCUGCUGUGAUGCCCCACCCCAGUCAUCCACAGGAGGAACCUGUGCAAAGAGCUCCAGCCAUCCCAUCACCAGAAGAUGGAGCCACUGAGAUUUUGACACAAUAGUCCUACCUAGGAGCUGGAGCCAGGAGGGCGGAGGUUCGGAGGGGUGCUGUGCGGACCGCUAGAGGGGCCCCAACAGUGGCAGCGGCAUGAGCGCUCCUCAGCCCGCCAUGCCAGAGCUAAGCCCAGCGGAAGAGGCCGAAGGCCUAGCAGGAAAGGCUGUGGUGGGUGCCCGGGAGAAGGGCCCUCGGCUGGCCCAGCGGCUGCCCUCGAUCGUGGUGGAGUCCAGCGAGGUGGGCACUGUGGAGAGUGGAGAGCUGCGUUGGCCCCCGGAGGGUGCCCAGAGGGCGUCCCCCCAGAGCCAAGCUACUGCUGCUUCCUCACCGAGUCUGCCAGGAGCAUCAGGGAAGGCUCCGGAUGAUGCUGGCAGCAAGUGUGCCUGCUCUGAGGACCAGGCCCCCACGGCCCAGUAAUAGGACAAGGACAUGGCCAGAUUCUGCUGUCCUGCCCACCCUGCCAUCGCCCUCUGACAGCUGACAGGGCCUCAGCCCCGGGGUGGGCAGGCUGAUGCUUGGAGAGGACAGAGGCCAGCCACCACCUCCGGCCUCACCGGGUCUGGCCAGGCCCACAGCCCCUGCCGUCUCCCACCCAAGGCCCAGGGUCUGCGUCACUCUCCCUCUUGUUCUGUGGUUUGAAGCAGAAAUAAAGGCUC